AGAAAAUAUUCGAAGCAUCAGGCAUCGUCACGUAGAGCAGGAGAGAGCCUCCUCCCUCCGAUGAUGAUGAUGAUCAAAUCCUGAACCUCGCUCGCUCGCUCUGCCGCCGCCGCCACCACCACCACCAUCGCCGCCGCCUCUCGCGAUCGCCAAUGGAGUCUUGCUCCUGCAAUUUCGCGAGCUCUUCUUCCCUGUUGCUCCCUCCGAAGCUCCCGCAGCGCAAGCCGCCCCCGUUCGAGCUCAAUCUAUCCAAAUGGAAGCCGAAGGGCCGGUGUCGGCGGCACCGCCCGGGGAUUCGCAGCGCCUGCGGCGGCUCCGAAGAUAGCGCCUCCGUCAAUGGAUUCCCGAUCACGCCUAACAAGUUCUUCAUGCAGGAGGCAAUUGGAGCGGAAUAUGGGGAGGGUUUCGAGACAUUUAGAGCGGAUGGCCCUCUAAAGAUGGAUGUGGAUUUUCUGAACGACAGACUACAAGAAGGGUUUCUUCAACGUAUACGAUAUGCGAUGAAACCAGACGAGGCUUACGGGCUUAUUUUCUCCUGGGACAAUGUGGUGGUAGACACCCAGUCUCUGAAGUUGAAAGCAUUGAAGCAGCUGGCCAUUGAAGAGGGCAAAGAAUUACCUGAGGACAUCCGAUUACAAAAGCUCAUGCUUCAUGCAGGUGCUGAUCACCUUCUACAUAAGGUUUUGCUGUGGGAUGGAGAAAGUGAGCAAGAUAGAUUAAAGUCGAGGCUUGCCCAGUUAUAUUAUGAUAAUCUUCUUGAACUCACAGAACCCAUGGAGGGACUGAAAGAAUGGAUGGAUGCAGUACAUACGGCUCGUGUCCCUUGUGCUGUUGUUUCUAGUCUGGAUCGGAAAACUAUGAUUGAGGCGCUUGACCACUUGAAGCUUACCAAAUAUUUUCAGGCAGUAGUUUCAGAAGAAGAUGGCAUGGAGUCAAUAGCUCAUAGAUUUCUUUCAGCUGCUUUGAAGCUGGACCGCAAACCAUCGAAGUGUAUAGUAUUCGAAGAUGACCCCAGAGGCGUAACUGCUGCUCACAACUGUACGAUGAUGGCCAUUGCCUUGAUAGGCUCUCACCCAGCGUAUGAUUUGGAGCAGGCAGAUCUUACCGUCGCAAGCUUCAAUGAGCUUUCAGUGAUUAACCUCCGCAGAUUAUUCGCCAACAAGGGGUCCACUUUCAUGGACUUACAAAAGCAAAUUGCAGAGAGAGAACAUCCCAAACGGAAACUCACCGUGGAGGAUCCAAUUUUUUGAUUAGUUAGUCCAGAUAAUUUUCCGUAAUUAAGCUACUUAUAUCCUCUAUUUGCCCACUUCAACGUUGAAAUUUCUUUAAUUUUUCUUUGUCAGAUGAAAAAAUAUGUAGCCUCUACUCUUUCCGGUUCAUGUAUCUCAAAGUUCAGCCAACAGUUACAGCGCAUUUACUUCUGUAAUAGUAUAGGGAUUCUCGUCAGUGUAUGUAGAUCAAAAUUGGGUUACGAUUCCUCUUGGUUGAUUCGAACUCAAACCAUAGACGUGGAGAGCAUUCUUGA